AUGAGCGAGCGCCUCGGCGGGGAGCAGCAGGCGGCGCCACGCGCACAGGUUAUAAAGCAGCUAAAUGGAGUCUGAGCAGUUGUUUCAUAGAGGCUACUAUCGAAACAGCUACAAUAGUAUAACUAGCGCAAGCAGCGAUGAAGAGCUUUUAGAUGGGGCAGGUGUCAUUAUGGACUUCCAGACCUCUGAAGAUGACAAUCUCUUGGACGGUGAUGCAUCAGUUGGAACUCAUUAUACAAUGACAAAUGGAGGAAGUAUCAACAGUUCAACACAUUUAUUGGACCUUCUGGAYGAACCAAUUCCUGGAGUAGGAACGUAUGAUGAUUUCCAUACCAUUGACUGGGUUCGAGAGAAGUGCAAAGACAGAGAAAGGCAUAGACGGAUUAACAGCAGGAAGAAGGAGUCAGCAUGGGAGAUGACAAAAAGUUUGUAUGAUGCAUGGUCAGGAUGGCUAGUAGUUACACUGACUGGUCUGGCUUCAGGGGCAUUGGCAGGAUUAAUAGACAUUGCUGCUGAUUGGAUGACAGACUUAAAGGAAGGCAUUUGCCUUAGUGCUUUGUGGUUUAACCAUGAACAGUGUUGUUGGGGUUCAAAUGAGACCACAUUUGAGGAGAGAGACAAAUGUCCACAGUGGAAAACAUGGGCAGAACUAAUAAUUGGUCAGGCAGAAGGUCCGGGUUCAUACAUAAUGAACUACAUAAUGUACAUAUUCUGGGCUCUGAGCUUUGCUUUCUUAGCAGUUUCUCUGGUGAAGGUGUUUGCUCCCUAUGCCUGUGGCUCCGGGAUACCUGAGAUAAAAACCAUUUUGAGUGGCUUCAUCAUCAGAGGUUACUUGGGGAAGUGGACUUUGAUGAUAAAAACCAUCACAUUAGUUUUGGCUGUAGCAUCAGGUUUGAGUUUAGGAAAAGAGGGUCCCCUGGUGCACGUUGCCUGUUGCUGUGGGAAUAUUUUUUCUUACCUCUUUCCAAAGUACAGCACAAAUGAAGCUAAAAAAAGAGAGGUAUUGUCAGCUGCCUCAGCAGCAGGAGUGUCUGUGGCCUUUGGUGCCCCUAUUGGUGGAGUCCUUUUCAGUCUGGAGGAGGUCAGUUAUUAUUUCCCGUUGAAAACUUUGUGGAGGUCAUUUUUUGCUGCUUUAGUAGCUGCGUUUGUUCUGAGGUCCAUCAAUCCUUUUGGUAAUAGCCGUCUAGUACUUUUUUAUGUGGAAUACCACACUCCUUGGUACCUUUUUGAACUGCUUCCUUUUAUUCUUCUGGGAGUAUUUGGUGGGCUCUGGGGAGCAUUCUUCAUCCGAGCAAACAUCGCAUGGUGCCGCCGACGCAAAUCUACAAAAUUUGGGAAGUAUCCAGUCCUGGAGGUUAUUAUUGUUGCAGCUAUAACGGCUGUCAUUGCAUUUCCAAAUCCCUACACGAGGCUGAACACCAGCGAGCUCAUUAAAGAGCUCUUCACAGACUGCGGGCCGUUGGAGUCCUCCUCCCUCUGUGACUACAGAAAUGAUAUGAACGCAAGCAAAAUAGUAGAUGAUAUUCCUGACCGUCCAGCAGGCACUGGAGUCUAUUCAGCUAUAUGGCAGUUGUGUUUAGCACUCAUAUUUAAAAUAAUUAUGACAGUCUUCACUUUUGGUAUCAAGGUUCCAUCUGGGCUGUUCAUACCUAGCAUGGCAAUCGGAGCGAUAGCAGGAAGGAUCGUGGGGAUUGCAGUGGAGCAGCUGGCCUAUUACCAUCACGACUGGUUCAUCUUCAAGGAGUGGUGUGAAGUUGGAGCUGACUGUAUUACACCUGGGCUUUAUGCCAUGGUUGGUGCUGCUGCAUGCUUAGGUGGGGUGACAAGGAUGACCGUGUCCCUGGUCGUUAUUGUUUUUGAACUAACAGGAGGGCUAGAAUACAUUGUGCCCCUAAUGGCUGCAGUCAUGACCAGUAAGUGGGUAGGAGAUGCCUUUGGUCGGGAAGGCAUUUAUGAGGCCCAUAUUCGACUGAAUGGAUAUCCUUUCUUGGAUGCAAAGGAAGAAUUUACUCACACAACACUGGCUGCUGAUGUCAUGAGACCUCGGAGAAGUGAUCCACCUUUGGCAGUUCUGACACAGGAUAAUAUGACCGUUGAAGAUAUAGAAAACUUGAUAAAUGAAACCAGCUAUAAUGGUUUUCCUGUUAUUAUGUCGAAAGAAUCACAGAGACUCGUGGGCUUUGCUCUAAGAAGAGAUUUAACUAUUGCAAUAGAAAGUGCUAGGAAGAAGCAGGAGGGCAUCGUGGGCAGUUCCAGGGUCUGUUUUGCCCAGCAUACCCCAUCACUUCCAGCAGAGAGCCCUCGGCCCUUGAAGCUUAGGAGCAUUCUGGAUAUGAGCCCCUUCACCGUGACAGACCACACACCCAUGGAAAUCGUGGUGGAUAUUUUCCGGAAGCUGGGCCUGAGGCAGUGCCUUGUAACACACAAUGGGAUUGUCUUGGGGAUCAUCACAAAGAAGAACAUAUUAGAGCAUCUCGAGCAACUAAAGCAACACGUCGAACCCUUGGCGCCUCCUUGGCAUUAUAACAAAAAAAGAUAUCCUCCGGCAUAUGGCCCAGACGGCAAACCAAGACCCCGCCUCAAUAAUGUUCAACUGAAGCCCAUCGCUGAGGAGAGAGAGGAGACGGAAGAGGAGGUUCAUUUGUUGAAUAGCACAACACUUUAGUCUGGGGUAUACUUCAAAAAUCAGAAACGCGAGCUGGGUUUUUGCGUCACGGUGCUGCUGGAAGUCACGAGUCGGUCUGGGGGAGCGUGUGGCGAGGAGGAAGCGUGGGAAGGAAGGGAGAGCUGCUCUCCUGCACUGGAUGCGAUCCCGAGACGUGAGGUCUGCCAUGAUAGUGCAGCGAGGAGCCCAGUGAGGAGGCGCAAUUCUCCAGCCCCAGCCUGGUACUUCAGCCUUGAAGAGAUGUGUUACCAGUCCCUGUUUCUGGAGGGAUCAUUCCGAAUUGAGCCAUCCUAUGGAGACUGAAAGGUCUUGCCCUUUUUACCAUAGAAAACUGUUGUGUUAACUCAUGAAACGUAUAGUUAUUACACAUCACCUUUCUACAUUCCAGAAGAGCUUUAUUUCUCUCUCUCCUGAGCCGUAACAAAGCAUCUUUAAAAUUGGUGUGCCCUUUUGAAGCAGUAGUUUCUCAUAUUGAGACGUACUGUGAGUUACUGAGAUUUGAUCACAAGAAGGGAGAUUUUUCCUUGUGCCAUUAAACAUGUAGUCUGUACAUCAUGAAAUGCUUGAGGCAGUACAGAUCCACUGCGACAAAAACAGCUCGAACGGGUACUAUUUGGCAAGAACCGUGCGAGGCAGCUUUGAGCCCCCCCUGUGCUGUGAUACGAGAAAAACAGGGGAAAUUAGAGUUUCGGAGAAAAGCACUGUUUUUGCUGCAGAAGAUAUCAAUAAUGUGACCUGGUCUUAUGCAAUUUUUGUAUUAAUUGAAAACACUAUUAUAUAUACCAAUGUCGUGCAGUAUAAGGGAAAAUACUGCUACACUAAUAGUUAAGAACUGGAACAAUUCUCUAUAUGUGUAUCUGGUAAAAAUUGCAUGCUACAACACUGGAGAUAUCCCCCUUACCUUCCCCCUUCCCCCCCCUCUCCCCCCCCAAUAAAAUAGGAGAUCAAUUAUUUUCAUUUUUAUUUUUUCCUCCACGAAAGAUGUUCCACUGCUGACACAGUAGGAAGAAACGUAACUUGUAACUUGCACUAAAUGUAUAUUAUUUUUCUUGAAGUUUUACCAUUCUUUAUUUAUAUUUUUAUGGAUUAAAAAAAUCUAUUAAAUACAAAUCAGUUAAUAUCUCACAUAACUAAUUACCUUUUUAAUGUGAUUUUAUAGAAUAAUUUAUAAUCCUCUGCAAGUAAUGGAGGAUUUGGCAAAUGUUUACAACUAAAUGAAGGGUUUAAAGAAAUGGUUUCUUUAUGAUCCAACAUGCGUAUAAGAUCAUCUUCAAACCUAACUUUCACUGCCGUUACCUUGAAAUUUGCUUUUUUUUUUUUCCUUUAUUAGCAGAUAACUGGAACAGUAGUAYUGAAAAUGUUAUUUUAAAAUAAAAGCUGCAAGGUCUUAAAAACAUAAUAGGAAAAAAAAUGUAACUGGAAUUACUAGAUUGGUUGUCACUUUUCCCCCAGGUACAUAGGUCUGUUUAAGUUAUGUAGCCACGAAAGAUGGCCAGGAAGGCAGAAAGGAAUCCAGUACUUGAAACCAUGACUAGACUUUAAAAUCCAGCAACAAUCCAUGCUUCAGCAGGGUAACUGACAGCUACCUAACAUCCCUACUCUUGUCUUUCAAGGACCACAUUAAUUUGUUUCAGUCACACACACCCACUACUACCAGACAUGCAAAGAAAAAGAUUGUAUGCCAUACCAUAAAACUAAACAGGGAGAAGGAAAAUAAGAAAUACAGCUGCGAAAAUCACGUUUGAUCAUUUGAGAUGAGAUAAAAUUUUCUUCUAUUGAUAAUUUUGCCCAUAGGACUGCAAAAAUAUAAGUGGUCAGUGUACAAGUACAGGUGUCUCUGAGGUAUUCAUCACAGUAGUCUCUCAGGUCGCUCUUGGGCAGAGUGCUCAGCAUGUAUUCCUCUCCAAGUAUGACUAAUGUGCACAAAUGACUGGGAUUGCUGGCACAUGCUAGAAUAAUACGUGAGCUCUGCUAUUUAUACUCAUCCUUGAAGUAUAAAAAUGUUACCUACUUUUUUCAUCUCUUGCACCGACUUGCAACACCAGGAAGCAUAAUAUUUUCCUGGAGUGCCCAGUGGCUUGUUGGGCCUGUUGUGGUCAACCCCUUUUUUAAAACUGGUUUGCAAUGAAGUAGAGAAGUGAGGAAUGUUGAAACUGCAAUUUUGCAGAUUUUUUUUYCCCUAAAAUAGCUUUAUUCUUCCACGUGAAGUCAAGGCUAGUGCUUCAAAAGUUGUUCUGUUAUACCAUGUAAGUUUGAGGUAGUUUUGCAAAGAACAGCAUUUGGCCCACUAGGAGAAGGCAGCUCUGGAAGCUGUGCUGCUGAAUGUCGCUGGCUGAAGCUUGUUUCUGCAGUGGAGGAGUGUCAGUUUGCUGCACUUAUACAAAUUGCUUUAAAUCCRUCUGAAACCUCUACCAUUUCUGCUGUUCUCCUGCAAAAACACUGUGGUGUGUGUAUUGUAUGAAUUUGCACCAAAUUCAAUAGACUGUGUGUCUGAAUUGAAGUACAAUUCACACUCGUGCUGUGUUUUAUAACUUCAGUAUAGAACCCAAGUGCUGCAUUGAUAUUGUGCAUCUCUGUUUACUCUUUGGAGCUGCUAAGCUUUCCCUGUUGACAUUUAAAACAUCUUCUGGUGAUCAUACAUUAGCAAUUCUCUCACUCGWGUGCCAGUGCCUGUGCUGUUCAACAAACCUUUUCUUUUCUAAUGUUAAACCUUCCAGCGCCUUACUCAAGUUACUAAUUUGAAAAAAAUGUGGAUGGGAGGGGGAAAGU